UCUGCCGCACGCCCGAAGCUGCUUCCCUUCUCAGCAAUGAUCGCCAAACAGCAAUAUGUCCGCAGCGGAUCUCGGGGCUUUAGUGGUGGCUCAGCCAUUGUUGGUGGGGGCAAGAGGGUGGCCUUCAGCUCUGCCUCCAUGUCCGGGGGUGCAGGCCGCUAUUGCUCUGGGGGCUUUGGCAGCAGGAGCCUCUACAACCUUGGGGGCCACAAGAGCAUCUCCAUGAGCGUGGCUGGGUCCUGCCAGGGUGGCGGCUUUGGGGGUGCUGGAGGCUUUGGCACUGGUAGCUUUGGUGCUGGGUAUGGUGCUGGUGGUUUUGGCGGUGGAUUCGGAGGUUUCAUCAAUGGUCGUGGUGGUCCUGGCUUCCCUGCCUGUCCCGCUGGAGGCAUUCGGGAGGUCACCAUCAACCAGAGCCUGCUGACACCCCUCCACGUGGAGAUUGACUCUGACAUCCAGAAAGUCCGGACAGAGGAACGUGAGCAGAUCAAGACCCUGAACAACAAGUUUGCCUCCUUCAUCGACAAGGUGCGGUUCUUAGAGCAACAGAACAAAGUCCUGGAGACCAAAUGGAACCUCCUCCAGCAGCAGACAACAGUCACAUCCCCCCGAAAUCUGGAUACCUUCUUUGAGACCUACCUCAGUGCCUUGAGGAAGCAUCUGGACUCUUUGACCAAUGACAAAGGGCGCCUGCAGUCAGAGCUGAAGCUCAUGCAAGACAGUGUGGAGGACUUCAAGGCCAAGUACGAAAAUGAGAUCAACAAGCGCACGGCUGCAGAGAACGACUUUGUGGUCCUUAAGAAGGAUGUGGAUGCAGCUUAUAUGGCCAAGGUGGAGUUAGAGGCCAAAGUGGACAACCUUAACGACGAGAUCAACUUCCUGAAGGUCCUCUACGAAGCGGAACUGUCCCAGAUGCAGACACAUGUCUCAGACACAUCUGUGGUGCUGUCCAUGGACAACAACCGGAACCUGGACCUGGAUGGCAUCAUUGCUGAGGUCCGUGCCCAGUAUGAAGAGAUCGCCCAGAGAAGUAAGGCUGAGGCUGAGUCCUGGUACCAGACCAAGGUCCAGCAGCUCCAGAUCUCAGUUGAUCAACAUGGUGAUAACCUGAAGAGCACCAAGAAUGAGAUCUCAGAGCUCAACCGGAUGAUCCAGAGGCUGCGGGCAGAGAUCGAAAACAUCAAGAAGCAGUGCCAAACUCUGCAGACGUCUGUAGCUGACGCAGAGCAGCGUGGGGAGGCGGCUCUUAAAGACGCCUAUAGUAAGCAUGCAGAGCUUGAGGGUGCCCUGCAGAAGGCCAAGGAGGAGAUGGCCAGGAUGCUGCGGGACUACCAGGCCCUCAUGAACGUCAAGCUGGCCCUGGAUGUGGAGAUUGCUACCUACCGCAAGCUUCUGGAGGGCGAGGAGUGCAGGAUGUCUGGGGAAUGCCAGAGUGCUGUGAGCAUCUCGGUAGUUGGAGGCAACAUCAGCACUGGAGGUGGUGUGGGCAUUGGCCUGGGUAGUGGUUUCAGCUCUGCGUCUGGAAGCGGUUUUGGGUUGGGUGGUGGUGUCUAUGGAAGUUCCGGCAGCAAGACUGUCUCUACCACCACCACCACCAUGACCAAGAAGUCCCAGCGAUAGAGGAGACGUGGUCCCGGCAGGCCCUGAGUUCAGCAGCGCAGGCCUUGUCUCUGUGCUUCAUCAC